AUUCAACCUGUCUUACAAGAAAUUGAGCAUACACGUAUCAUACGUAACGUAUGUUUAUAUCUAGCCUACUUUUUUUCUCUCUCUUUUGUUUUUACACAUAGUGACAACAUAUGGCCCAUUUCCUGUAUUGAAUUUGGUUAUUUCUCAACACUGAAAGAAUAAAUCUGUGAUAGUUGUGCUUCUAUUGUUUUGGGCAGAGAACGAUACCACGUAGAUUAUGUGUAGUAAAUAAUUCUAUUUAAUUAUUUCUUCGUAGUCAAUAUCAAACAACCGAACAACGCCCCUAUUAGUCUAUCAUCAGCAUCACGCUGGCCCUCUCUCCCCCACCUUCCCCAGGGAUGCAAGGGAGUGACGCAGAACCGGUAGAAAAACUGUGCCGAACGCCAACAUAGGUAGGGGGUGAUGCUCCAACCAUACGCUACCCCAGUUCCCCAGAUUCAAUACAUACACACGGGCUGCCUAGUCUGAGGGCGACAGAGACAGGGAACUGGUUUAGUUUAGCCUCACUGUCCUCUCGACUUUCAUCUUAUCAGCUGACGUCAGGAGCAAUAAUUCUACGGAUAUUCUACAGAUUCGAAUACAUUUGGACAAGUGAAUGAGCACAUGACUAAGCAGUCACGACAAAUCUUCACGCACCUGCCAAGGCGACUUCGAAGAAACUGAUAUUUUACUCCCUUGAAUACUGAAAGGAUCAUUAGUUUUGAUAUUAUUUUUUUUUCUUCUCAAAUGGCAAAGUAACCUAUACUGUCAAACUGAGAACCGGUCAAUAGUGCAUUUGCACCAAAGGAUUUAUUUGACAUUUUUACGGUCACAUUUGUCAUCUUCAUCAUGAAUUAUCUGCGUCGCCGACUGUCGGACAGCAAUUUUAUGUCCAAUCUUCCCAAUGGGUAUAUGACUGACCUACAACGCCCCGACCCGCCGCAGCAGACAAGCCCUGCAGUGUCGCCAGGUCCAUCAGAGAGGCGUCAAUCCACCAGCCAGCCGUCUGGCGGUGCAGGCUUUUUUUCCUCCAUAUCCAACGCUGUCAAACAAACCACUGCCGCGGCAGCUGCGACGUUCAACGAAGCCACGGACAGAGGUGCAACUGGGGCUAAGAUCCUGCUGGUUAUCGAUGACCAACAAACCGACUGGGUGAAAGUCUUCAAAGGUAAAAAAGUCCAUGGUGAAUAUGAUAUCAGAGUGGAACAUGCUGACUUUUCAGAGAUCAACCUGGUGGCUCACGCCACUGGGACCUUCAGUGUGGACAUAGAAGCAAUAAGGAAUGGAAACAAGAUCACCAAGUGUUUCAAGCCAGACUUUGUUCUGGUCAGGCAGCACGCUUUCAGCAUGGCCAAAAAUGGAGAUUUCCGAAACAUAGUGAUUGGCUUGCAGUAUGCUGGUCUGCCUAGUGUUAACUCUUUGCACUCUGUGUACAACUUUUGUGACAAGCCAUGGGUGUUUGCUCAGAUGUCCAGAUUGUACAAGCAACUUGGUCCAGAGGAGUUCCCACUGAUAGACCAGGUGUACUAUCCCAACCACAAGGAAAUGAUCACCACCCCUGGUUUCCCUGUGGUGGUGAAGAUGGGACAUGCCCACUCAGGGAUGGGAAAGGUGAAAGUAGACAAUCAAUAUGACUUUCAAGAUAUUGCAAGUGUUGUUGCCUUGACAAAAACCUACGCCACAUCGGAACCUUUCAUCGAUGCAAAAUAUGAUGUCCGUAUCCAGAAGAUAGGGAGCAAUUACAAGGCUUACAUGAGGACAUCCAUUUCUGGGAACUGGAAAACCAACACAGGUUCUGCCAUGCUGGAGCAGGUGGCCAUGUCUGAGAGGUACCAGAUGUGGGUGGACUCGUGCUCCGAGGUGUUUGGAGGUCUCGACAUGUGCGCUGUGGAGGCCUUGCAUGGGAAAAACGGAAGGGACCACAUCAUUGAGGUGGUUGGCUGCUCCAUGCCUCUGAUAGGAGACCAGCAGGACGAUGACAGGGCUCUCAUCGCUGACCUGGUGGUCUCCAAGAUGAACCAGACCAUCCCUCACACCGCAAGCCCCUCCCUUACCCGAGCCACCUCAGGCCAGACGACACAGAAAGCUCCAUCUCCUCAGCCUAUCUCACAGCCCAUAGUCCCACAAGCUCAACAGCGCCCCCCACCCCAAGGUGGCCCCCAGCAGGCAGCUGCUGGUACUGCAGCUCCUCGCCAAGGUGCUCCCCUCCAGCAGCGUCCCUCUCCCCAAGGCCAGCCCCCGGUCCAGGCCCCAGUCACCAGCCCCGGUAGCCAGCCCCCUCCGGCCCAACCCCAGCAGGCCAGGCAGGCUAACCCUGCGUCCGGGGCCCAGCAGCGGGCUCCUCCAGGCCAGACCCAAGGUCAGAGACCCCCCCCUGCCCAGGGCUCUCCCCAGCGUACCCCUCCCCAGACCCAGAGGCCUCCACAGCAGACUGGGGCCCAGCAGCAGAAGCCCCCUCCUGGAGGUCCGGGUCCAAACCAGAAGGCCCCCGGGGGUCAGAGGCCCCCCCAGCAGAGGCCUGGUCCUCCCCCGAGGCAGCAGUCACAGGGGGCCAGCCAGCAGCAGAGGCCCCCUGGCCCACGGCCAGCGGGGGCCACCACCCAGCAGCCUCGCCCUGCUGGUCAGGGCCAGGGAGGCCCUGGAGGGGCCAGGCCCCCCCUGCAGCAGAAGCCCCAGCCCCCCCAAAAGCCCCCCCAGGAGAGUCAAUCUACCGGUGGCUCUCCCCAGCUGAACAAAUCCCAGUCUCUUACCAAUGCCUUCAACAUUCCAGAAACGUCGUCGGACAGCCUUAGGCAGGACGAGGCCAAGGCUGAGACCAUACGCAACCUGCGCAAAUCAUUUGCCAGUCUCUUCUCAGACUGAGAAGGUGUACCCCCCCCCCCGCCCCUUCCCAACCAGACAGAAUGACAGACAGACAGACUGAAGGACAGACCCCGCCCCUUUUUUCCUCAAUGCACAACGGACCAACAGAAUUACAUCACUUCCCUCAUGGACUUUCAUGUAUUCUGGAAAUAAAUUCCUCCUGUGAUAUAAUCUACUGCCUGUAUAAGUUCAAAACACUGCAGACACCACAAGUGUCUAUCCCAAACAUUCCCUGACAGCUUUUCAAGAUGAAGUUUUUCACAAACAAACUCACCCAUAGAGAAGCAUAGAAAAAAACAUUCCUAUUUCAUCGUUCUGUGGUGGAAUUGUAUGUAAAAAAAUUAUUUAAAUCACAUUAGUCCGUUUAAUAGUUUGUGUCAUUAUCCAUGUGACAUUUAUGGACUUCAUGAUUAAAACAGUACAGUGAAAGAUAACAGUGUAUGGAUGUUUUGAGAUUUUGGACCUCAUCAGUCAUUUGAAAUUGUAGUAUUUACACAGUUUAUGGGAAGUUUAUGGGAAAAAAACCUUGAACCAACUGAUGUUUCUACUUAUCUGUUCAUCUUUCACAGUAAAAUCAGUGUGACUUUUACCCACGCUUGGGUUGGUCGUUCAGUGAGUCAGUGCAGUCAGCAAAGUUGCACUGUUGUUCACACGAUCUCUGUUCAGCGUAUGUAAACUGACAGUUUUAACACCUUGCGAUAUUUUAGCUGCAUGUCUGCAUAUGAGACAAUGGUUGUGUUUUCAACCAGUCGAAACAGGCGCUUGUAACCGUGGUCACCCCGUAGUCGAACUGAUUAUUAAUAUAGUAGAAAUGUGUAUUUGUUGUGAGAUUGCCUUCGCUGCUUUACCUUGUCCCCUUUUUUGUUACACGACAAUAAGAAAGCCCUCAAUUUUCUCUGCCUGGACUAGAAACAUGCCUUAUGAUGAGAGAGUCAGAUGUAAUGAAGCUGUCUCAGGGACGUACUGGGUAAACAGGACUCUGUCGCCGUGAGGGGCCAGGUCUUUCAUUGCACUGUUGCAAAGUUGAUGAUCUCUGGGUGACGAACCCCGAAAGCGUGUUUUAGAAUGUGUUUGUUGUUUUGAAAACGUGUCUACGCACAGAGUAUAGCAAAACCAUACUUGAAUUUACAGGGCACAGGUUGUGUCGAGAAGCACUUGUAUCGUCAGCUUGUGUGAUAGCCGAGCCACGGCUUCUUAACACUAGCCAUCACAUGAACAGGGGUCACAUGAACGUGACCCGCAUCGCAGCGGGACACGGACCCAGUCAGUUAGGGGCCAAGUCCAAAGAAAGCUCAGCCGAAGAAUGUUCCUUGGUUCAUCUCGACAUUUCAAACAAACGAAGCGUAUAGGAUUGUCAGCUGUGGGUUUUACCACAGCAGUAGGUUUCCUCCUUGAAACGUUCGAUCCCACAAUCGAGCUCUACGGAUCGUUCUGUUGAGCGCAACCUCCGGAUAUUUACAGAAUCCUUCUUAGAAACCGUCCAUUUGCAAGGCACUGAAAACGUCUUCCAAAUAAAAGAGCAUCCCAUCCCAACUUGGGUGUGGGUACACUUUAUGGCAAUAUGAUGAGAUUAGAAUUAGAAGGUUAGGAAAAGCAGAAUCUCCCGGUGUAACCCUUGUGCUUCCCCUGCGCGUCAGCCUUGCAUCCACAGUGGCACCUUGUGAUCCGUGCAUAGCCUAAUAGUGCAUAGGUGUAAGUGUUGUGUAAACUGUUAAGCCAUAGUAGUAUUGUCGUACAGGCCCAUGGUAGAUCGCUAGUAUGUCAUCUCUCCUUGCUGCUGGCUGUGCUUAGUGAUAUUUUCCGUGUCUGUCACUGAACGUCGAUUUAGUUUGACUUUGAUUUGCACAUUCUAUUAUUAAUUCUCUUCAUGCCUUUUUUCGGUGCUGUUGUUAUUGCGUAAUUUUAUUUAUUUGAACACUUUUUGUAAAAUCUUUUUUCGAGUGCCAUUACAUUCAAUGCAAACAUAGUGUGUUUGACUGUAAUAUAAAAUAGACUUGAAAGUCAUUUAACAUCCUCUCAAAACUAAUAUCGUUACCAUUAGAAUGUACCAUGAAGGCCACCCUGCUGCUAAGGUUUGGCUGUUGGAGCAAAGGCGGUUUUUGAGAUAAUCACAACGACAACAAUCUAGAAUUUCAUUGUUAUGACAUUCCAGAGACUUGUUCAAUCAUUCUCAUUCUAUUGUUUUUGUUAUUUUUGAUGGAAUAUAUGAAUGUAUGUUUACAGUUCCUAUUCCGUCAUUGCUAUUGUGUAGUUUCCUCUUUCUAAAUGCAGAUUUAAGUAUUUUAAUUUGAAAUGGUUGUUUUUUUCUAUCUACACUAUGAAUUUCUGUGAAAUUGACUGUCAGUUGAUGCCUGCCCGAUGUAUCAAUCAAUAAACAAAGGUUAUGUAUCCAAGAUAAACAAAACAAAGAUCAGAAUUAUAUAUAUUGUAAAUCAUCGUGGAGUAUUGAAUUACAUGUAGAAAGUCUAUUUGAUGUUCUUUGCAGUGUAUUUAAAUAAUAAUGUGAAAAAGACUAUGCUAUCAAAUGAAAUGCGCACAUGCUCAAUAAAGUCU